AUGGAGCUGCGGCCCUACCAGUGGGAGGUGAUCAUGCCUGCCCUGGAGGGGAGGAACGUCAUCAUCUGGCUGCCCACGGGCACCGGAAAGACCCGGGCGGCCGCCUAUGUGGCCAAGAGGCACCUGGAGACAGUGGACAGAGCCAAGGUGGUGGUGCUGGUCAACAGGGUGCACCUGGUGACCCAGCACGCCGAGGAGUUCAGCCUCAUGCUGGGUGGACGCUGGGCCAUGACCACCCUGAGCGGGGACAUGGGGGCGCGGGCUGGCUUCGGCCACGUGGCCCGGAGCCACGACCUGCUCAUCUGCACAGCUGAGCUGCUGCAGAUGGCAUUGAGCAGCACACAGGAGGAGGAGCACGUGGAGCUCACAGCCUUCUCCCUCAUCGUGGUGGACGAAUGUCACCACACGCACAAGGACACCGUCUACAACGUCAUCCUGAGCCAGUACCUGGAACACAAGCUGCGCCAGCAGUGGCCCCUGCCUCAGGUGCUGGGUCUCACGGCCUCCCCAGGCACUGGCGGGAACUCCAAGCUUCAGGGCGCCAUCGAGCACAUCCUGCAGCUCUGUGCCAACCUGGACACGUGGCGCAUCAUGUCUCCCGAGACCUACCGCCCCCAGCUGCUGGAGCACCGUCCCCAGCCCUGCAAGAAGUACGACCUGUGCCAGAGGCGCAGCCAGGACCCCUUUGGGGACUUGAUAAAGAAGCUUAUGGCUCAGAUCCACGACUGCCCGGAGAUGCCAGACUUGAGCCGAGACUUUGGGACACAGAUGUAUGAGCAGCACGUGGUGGAACUGUGCCAGACAGCCGCAGAGGGCGGACUCCAGCAGCGGCGCGUGCUCGCGCUCCACCUGCGCCGCUACAAUGAUGCGCUGCUCAUCCACGACACCGUGCGCGCUGUGGACGCCCUGGCCUCGCUGCGGGGCUUCUACGACCGGGAGCGCACCACCAAAACCCAGAUCCUGCCCACCGAGCACUGGCUGCUGGCCCUGUUCUAUGACCAUAAGGACGAGCUGACCCGCUUAGCAACGCACGGCCCCGAGAACCCCAAACUGGACAUGCUGGAGCAGAUCCUGCAGACGCAGUUUGGGGGCUCAGCCAACCCCCGGGGCAUUGUCUUCACCCGCACCCGCCAGAGCGCCCACUCCCUCCUGCUCUGGCUCCAGCAGCAGCCAGGCCUGCGGGGCAUGGACAUCAGGGCCCAGAUGCUGAUUGGGGCCGGGAACAGCAGCCAGUGCACCCACAUGACACAGAGGGACCAGCAGGAAGUGAUCCGGAAGUUCCGAGUUGGCACCCUGAACCUCCUGGUGGCCACCAGUGUGGCUGAGGAGGGGCUGGACAUCGCAAAGUGCAGUGUAGUGGUACGCUACGGGCUUCUGACCAACGAGAUCUCCAUGGUCCAGGCUCGCGGCCGAGCCCGUGCCAGCCAGAGCGUGUACUCGUUUGUGGCCACGGAGGGCAGCCGGGAGCUGCGGCGGGAGCUGACCAAUGAGGCUCUGGAGGCCCUGAUGGAGCAGGCGGUGGCCGCCGUGCAGAAGAUGGACCCGGCUGAGUACCAGGCCAAGAUCCGGGAUCUGCAGCAGGAAGCGGUAGUCAAGCGUGCGGCCCGCACCUCACAGAGGGACAGCCAGCGGCGACAAUUCCCCGCAGAGCACGUGAGGCUCCUGUGCAUCAACUGCAUGGUGCCCGUGGGCCACGGCAGCGACCUGCGGAGGGUGGAGGGCACCCACCACGUCAAUGUGAACCCCAGCUUCUCGAUCUACUACACUGUGUCCCGGGAGCACGUGGUCAUUGACAGAGUCUUCAAGGACUGGAAGCCGGGGGGCACCAUUAGCUGCCGCAACUGCGGGGAGAGCUGGGGACUGCAGAUGAUCUACAGGUCGGCGAGCCUGCCAGUGCUCAAGGUCCGCAGCCUGCUCCUGGAGACCCCGCAGGGCCGGAUCCAGGUCAAGAAGUGGUCCCGCGUGCCCUUCCUGGUGGAAGACUUCGACUUCCUGCAGCACUGUGCCCAGAACCUGGCCGACCUCUCCCUGGACUGACUGCGGGCUGCUGUGGUGCCCGGCUCGGCCUGCAGGGGGCAGCGGAGCCCAAGUCCACUGCCCACUUCCCCUGGGUGGAGUGUAGGUCCAGGCUGGCUCCUUUCUGAGCCACCAGCCCCGAGCAGCCGGGCACCGGGGCUGGCUCAGGGUCCCCACAGCGAGGCAGCUGGAGUGAAGUGCGUGUGCACACAUAACACACACACACGCGCUCUUCACGUACACUGGAUGAAGCUGGAUACAGGCUGGAGGAUCAACUACUGCACGAGGGCCCCAACAUCCUCCCUGCCAGAGCCACUUCUGUUUCUUGAGGCUCCUCAAAAAUUAAAAAUAAAUAGGAAAAUGGUA